GCUCCGCUCCGCCCCGCCCCGCCCGAGCGGCCGCGGGGUGCGGGGGGCGAGCGCGGCGCUGGGGAGUCGGCGGCGGCGGCGGGAGACAGGUCUUUCAGUCUGGACUUGUAAGCCUUGCAUGCUUCUAGGCACAUUUCUUCUCAGCUAUGAAUAGAUCAAUAGAAUUUAACAUCUGCAUGGUCACCUGCAGCAUCCUGCUGUUGUCCUCUAGUCUACCAUGCCUUGCAUCUCUGCCACUGCAGGAGAGGAACGUGACAAAGGUCCAACAUGGCCCCUGGGCAGGGAAUGGGGUUGAAGAUGAAAGGACAAGCAUGUUGAACUUGAAAAAUAACCUGGGCCCCUCUGAGCAGACUGUCUCUGAAAAGCCAUGUGGAGUGUCGGCAAAGCCGUCUGGGUUACCCUUAAAUGAAGCUUUCACUGCAGAAGGAGAAAUGCUAUCUGUAAGCCUGAGCCAUGUCAUUCCAGGCAGCCAGGGUCUGAGUGAUCAUACCUCUGCUGUGGCAGUGGCUGCUGUUGAUGAGAGUGAGCUUGGUCCCACAAAGUCAGAGCUGGAAGAGGAUGAUGCAUUCAAGGCCAUGCUGACCACAGCUGUGACCACACUGAACCCUACUGUUCAGGAGGAGUCUGUUGGUGGCCCCAUUAGUGAGACCACCACAGAAGGUGGUGGUGAAGUAGAGCACAGCUCUCCUGGCCUCUUGGCAAACUCUCUUUCUGGGGCUGCUGUGGAGGAGGAGGCAGGGAGCAACUCGCACCCCUCAUUGGCACCCCAGCCCACACUGUACCCCAGCUCUCCCAGCUGGGAAACAGCAAGUGACCACCCUGUCACCCUGACUCCCCAGGCUCAUGGCAUAACUCCUGAGCUGGGAGUGCCAAGACCCCGCACAGGCAGCCCUCUAAAGUCCUUGGUUGUGCAAGCAUCUGUGGCUGCAAAACAUCUACCUGUGGUGACUGAGGCCUCCCUCCACCUGGAAGCAGGGAUGGGUGGCAGGCAAGGAGAGCUGCCCACCAUGGCUGGCACUGUCACCAUCCGCACUAUGGACAUGGUGCCACCUGACUGGGAUGACACAAAAGUGGGGGACAUAAGUCAAGGGGGAAGUGUGUCUCUUGAGGAGGUGACAGAGGACCUGGGGGUAACAGUACCAUCCCAGAUACCACAGGGAGGUGUAGGGGAGGAGGAGAAUGCAACAAGAGCGCUGCCAUCCCCAGCAUCCCCUCCACCAGCUUCUGAGCUCGCCAAGGAGACCAACUGCACAGCACUGGUGCAUGGGGAGGAAUUGCCAGCAGCUUCCACAGGCCAUGGUGAUGCUGUCCACACUGCAAAUCUGACGGCUGUAGACAUGGCUGAUCUCAACUCACUGGAAAACAUAAGUGCAGUCACAGCAGAGGAGGGGCAAAGCAUCCCACCUUCACAGCCAGAGGCUGCUGUGGUGGCAGAUACACAGUCUGAUCUCCCUCCUACUCUGGAAAGCUCAUGGAAAGGUGUUACUCAGGAAGUGACAACAGUUGUCCAGGAGGCUGAUGCUGCUCUGUUAGUUGUGACACCGGUGCCUGGUGCUACCCACGGAGCGGGAGCUGCAAGUUUUCCCCAGGAAAACAGUGGAGAGGACACUCAGAUGAUGACUGUUCCUAGUGCUACCCAGAUGCUGGUGGCAGCUGGUACUUCCUCUGCGGCAAACAUUCCAGAUGGGGAAGACAUCACAGAUAUUGUGAUCACCAGUGAGAAGGCUGUUCCAGCUCCUGGUGGGAUGUCUGCAACCCACUCUGGACAGACAGAGGAGCCAUCCAGCAGAACUAUGGUCCUGGUAACUCCAGCAUCAAUGGCAUCUUCUGUCAGGAGGACAGCUGUUCCAUCUGUAAGGAGGAUCAGUACUGCUGAGACCUAUGGGCUGGACCGCCUGGAGUCAGAAGAGGGUGAGGAAGAGGAUGAGGAUGAAGAGGAGGAAGAAGAGGAGGAAGAGGAAGAUGAGGAGGACAAAGACAUAGAUUUAAUGGAUGAAAGCAUGGAGGGUGACACGGAGCUGCCAGGUUUCACGCUUCCAGGAGAGACCUCCCAGGAGCCCAUAGCUGGCCUGGAAAACCCUGUGGCCCAGCUGGCCGGGGUGUCCUACCAGGUUCCUGACACCAUCGAGUGGGAGCAGCAGAACCAGGGUCUGGUGAGAAGCUGGAUGGAGAAGCUGAAAGAUAAGGCAGGAUACAUGUCGGGGAUGCUGGUUCCUGUAGGAGUUGGAAUAGCUGGAGCCCUCUUUAUCCUAGGAGCACUCUACAGCAUUAAGAUUAUGAAUCGCCGAAGGAGAAAUGGCUCAAAGAGACAUAAAAGAAAGCAGAGGGAAUUUAACAGCAUGCAAGACCGAGUCAUGCUCUUAGCUGACAGCUCUGAAGAUGAAUUUUGAAUCGAACUGCAGUGCCCUUGUGAUAGCCUGUGACUUUUAAAAGAAGGGAGGGGAGAAAAGGAACAAGCGACUUUCUGCUGCGUUGCUGCUCUCUGCCGUCCUGAGCCACCGAGCAGUGGUCAGUACACCCCGGCAAAACAGCAUGCUAUGCUCUACGUGUACUCCACAGUGAUGUUUGUUUUGAUACAGUAGUGAGAUUUCACAUUCGCAUCCGGCGCCUCAUUCAGAUCCACAGUGCGUCUUGUUACAGCUGGAGCUGAUCCAUAUGGAUGAUUAUUUUCCUGUUACCAUGGUGUACUGUUUUGGUCCUGGCUGGCAGUAAUCUAAUCAUAACAACAGCUCUCACCUAACCCAGGAAUGGAAAUCUUUACUGUGAAUGACUUCUGUCCAUUGAUUUUAAAUGUUACAUUACCUGAGCUAGAGUUCAUUAGUGCUAAUAUUAGCUGCUCUGCUUAAUUAAUGAGUUACACACUUGUAUCCCUUGCCACCUGAGAAGUGCCCGUGUACAGUGUUCUUGAUACAGUUUGAAGCACAUUUCUGCACUCGGGUCCCUCAACUUUCACCCCUUCUUUCUUCCUUCAGCUCUGCUCCAUGCUUCUUGGAGACACACAGGAAUGGCCUCAACACUUGAUUCACUGCAAAAAUCCUAGUCCAUUUUCAACCAGCACUGUCUGUUACAGCACAAUAAAUACCAGUGCUCACCUACUGAUGGAUAGUCUUGCAUGGAUCUCUUAGCUUUUGUUCUGUGUGCAAGUAGGCAAGAGAAGGGCAGGUCAGAGCUUUCUUCAGGUUCUGUCUCCUGCUUGAAGGACACUAGUUAUUGGUUUAUCUCUCACAAGGCUGCAUUCACAUAGAGAUGAAAGUAGAGCAUCUGUUGCCUUUACCCACUGUAAAGUGCAUGAAUGACAGCACCUUUGGGUGCAUUCAGAUCUGGAUGGAUCUGAAUGCAGAAAGGCACAAAAGGUUGCAGAGUGGCUGACUGUCAGUGUUGAGAGAUUAGUGGCUAAUAGUUGGAAAGCAGCGGCAGCCACAGCUGGGGAGGUGUUUGCUAUGGAGAGGUGCAUGGUCACACUGGGAACCCUUGGCCAUGGGAGAAAGGUGAAGCUGUAGAACAGAUGGCUGCAGAGGGUUGUGGAGGAGCAGCCCAAGGGUGGCACAGGGUAACGGCAAGCUCACCGGGUUGCACAGUCAGUGUCUGAGGUGUCACAGGAACCCCAGCAAGGGAAACUAGGGAAACUAGUGUUGCUUUGCACAGAAAUGCCAUCAAAAUAACUAGAAAAGGGGCUGUGUUACUUUAGCUCUGCUUCUGGUUGUGAAAUUGCUUCAGUCUGGCAGUUAUGCAAGACAUACAUGUUUCUGAGGUGGGAAUCAUCCUUCAUACAAGGAACAGCGACUGUUGCCGGAGUAGAUCUGAUUAGAAAAAUAAGGCCAGACCACACAUCUUCUGAAAUUAAUUCCCACUGAGUCUUCAAAGAAGUGGAAGGGAGGAGAGUUUGAGGAGGGACAGAUGCAGGAUUUCAGUCCUUGUAAAGGUGGAAAGGUCUGUCAGAUUGUAAACGGUAGAUGUCGAUGAUAGUAAGCAAAUGUCUUGUGGACAUGUGAGUAGGUUUGCAAGGUAGAGAGGACAUUCAGAAGACCCUUCUGAAGCAGAGUUCUCUCUUGAGAGAGUCAGGGCCUCCUCUGGGUGUUAAGUCAUCAGAUGUGAUGUUUAGCUCUGAACAAGCAGUGCUUUUCAGAGCCCAGGUACUUUCCUAUAGGCUUUACCCAUGUGCCUACUGAGUCAUCUGGAGAAGGACAGGCAGGUCAACCUGGUAUCAAAAUGCUGCUACUAAUGCUGGUCUUCCAGUUGAAGUGUGUGGUCCCUCACACACUCAUCCUGCUUAAUGUGUGGUAAAACCCACAUCAGCGUCUUCGGGAGUCUUCAUACCCUAAUCCCUCUAGGACAGGCUUUCUCAGCCAGGACUCCACAGUGCCUGCAUCUCUCCCUUUUCGUUCCUGAAACUACGACUAGGAGAAUUUUGCCUUGCUAAAAGCAGCUCUAUGUCAUUAAUAGGCACUGACUGGCAGUUAAGUUCACCUGCCCCUACCCAAAAUCAAAGCCUCUUUCUUCUAUAAUAGGUGAUCAGUCCACGCUGAGAAGUUUUCCUUCCAGACUGAUCUCUCCCUAUUUAUUUCUCAUUCCUAAGUCUCUUGGAGCUUGGAGGUGGUCAGGAGGUGCUAACAAUCCAGUGGUGCAUUGCUGGCUGUCUUGCAGUUUUGAAAAUCAGGAAAUGUUGUCCCUUGCUCUUUGAUAGUUUGUUCCUGGCAAGGCAUGAUGGGGGAUGCAAGGUUGGAAUGACUUCUCCUCCAUUCCAGUUUCCCAGAGAUUAUCUCCAGAAAGGCUUGUCUUUUAGGUACAGUGCCAGGCAGGCUGGAAACAAGACUACAUAGGCAGCUUCAAGACGUUCAUGAAAUACUUUACCCUGGUCCAGCCAGGGAGGUAUGGAGAAUAGGCAGUGACAAAGGGCACUGACCUCUCUGAGAGAGGGUAUGUGUCUUGGAGCAGAAAGGAUGGGAGCUGGGCAUGAGUCCUUUGUACACAACUCUAGCCUGAAAGAGAGAUCCAAAAUAACACUGGAAAAGAGGAGCUACCAGCAACACUGCAGAAGAGAGCAGGUGUACCAGCAAGACCCAAGCAGCUGGAGAUCAGCAGGGUUUUCUGCAAUAAUAGCCUGUGAAGGACAGUCUCCUCUUGCUUUCCUGUUAAUGGUGCUGUGCCUGCACAGUGUGUGAUAAGAGCACAAGUUGCAUUAAGUAACUGAGAAAAUGCAGAGCUCCUGGGCCAGUCUAAGUAUCCCUGCUCUGGCAGCACAGGAGGAGCUUUAUGGAUGGGUUGUCAAUCUGAUAGAUUGUGAAGACUGGUAGGGAGGAGCCGUGGCCUUUUGUUGUGCUAAUAAAUUCAUAGUUUGGGAAACACUGACUUUCUACAGUGGCAGUUUCACUGUCUCUCUUCUUCUCCCUCCCCAGUCAUAGAAUCAACUAGGUUGGAAAAGACAGUUGUAGCCAAAAGGGAGGUCCAGCUGCAUGCACAGUUUGGUGUUGGCUCUCUGGUCUGUGCUGGACCCAGACUUAUGUGCUAGAAGGGCUGCCCAAAUAUUUUGCCUGUGGUCCAUCUUCGCUCCCCAUUCUGUGUCUGGUUCUGAACACUAUCAGCUGAGGUGCCUUGUUGGGAGAUGCUCGUUGGAAGAAGCCCUACUUUCUGCGUCACUCAGCAGUGCAGAGAGAUCACGACCAGUGUCCAUUUGGAGGUGUUUGUUGAAUAGCUGUUUUUGGUCAGGCACCUGUCCCAGAACCUGGAGGCUCCCCAUGUCUUCAGCUCACCUAUUUUUAAUGUGGAGGCAAGAUGGACAGUCAAAACCAGCCUUGGGUCCCAGUGAAGCUUGUAGGAGCCUUUGGAGCACAGGACAGGGUUUUCUGCAGUGCCCCUGAAAUCAGUGCAAUUUCUGCAGCACGUUAAAGCACAAGCAUUAUUCAGCUCCACCCCUUCUUAUCCAAGGCCAGUAGACUUUAGAUUAGGCUCUUAAAAAUAUUCUUUAUACAAUUUCUGGAGUUUUAUUCAUUUGCUUGAAAUUAUCAGAUUGCAGAUAGGGAGAGGAGGAGGGUUUCAGGUGGGAGCUGAAACCUCCACUCUCUUAACACUCUACUGAUUUAAUCUAUACCUCUGCAGUACCAAAUAAGCAGAUUCUUUUGAAAGAGGCAGGACAAAAAAAAAAAAACCAAAACCAACAGAAAACAGGCCAAGAAGAGCCCUCCUUAUCUGUGCUGGGUGAACUGCAAAGCCACUGAAUGUAGAGGUGGGUCAUGACACUGCUAAUGCAGCCUUGGCCCCAUGCAAAGGCACAGCUGCAAUGGCAACUUUUCUGCAGCAAUAAUAAUCUCUCAACUCGGCACGAGUCACUCGCCUCUGUUUUGGGUUUUCCUGAUAGCACAAGCCAGAAUUUAUUGUAGGCAUCACAUAACCGCUUCAGCAUCCUCAGCGCCAUUUCCAACAGGAGAACAAGCCUGCCUGAUGUGCAGCUCUUGCCCUGAUGAAAUGCGCCUACACUAUACAGCUGCUGGUUUUUAAAGGUGUCUCUAAUGCCAGAUAUUCACCUAGGUGAGGUUUCUCUGGACUGCACUGCUUCCAUAGAAUGAUAUUAGCAGUCCUCGUGCUUUCUUGUGGUUUUAUAUUUUGGACAAGAACAACUCCUCAUACUGUAACUAUGGAAUGUAGCACUUUGUUAAAUUAAAACAUUGGGAAAUAAAGAGCUGUCCAUCAUACCCGACUUGAA